AUUAAAUUAACUUUAUCUAUAUAAUUCUUGAUUCAUUUUUCAUAUGUUUAAAUUUUAUAAUAAUAAAAAUAAUUUUAAUCCUAAUUUAGACAUUGAUUCAUUUAUUUAUAAAAUUGAUUCCAUAAAUUCUAAAAACUAUCCUUAUUUAAAACACUUUUCCGCUUCCGAGAUUUACAAAUGGAACGGAAUCUUAACUUCCUUGAGCUCGAACUUUGGUAAAAUGAGCUCUGGAAACAUCGUACACAUUUUUCAAGACGGAAACGAAACAUUAACUGACAUGUUAAAGGAAAUAAAUAAGGCUAAGGAAAGUAUUUUUCUGGAGAUGUACAUCUUUGAUGAUUCUCCCGUGGCAGAAAUCUUUGCAAACGCACUUAAGAUCGCGUCAUUACGCGGCUGUAAAAUAGUUUUACUAUUAGACUACAUUGGUUCUAUUCGAUUUUCCAGUAAAAUUCAGCGUGAAUUAGAAGAAUUAGGAGUUGAAAUCCACUUUUUCAACCCCUUAAGACUGAACAACUCUAUAGGACCAAUUACCUAUAGAAACCAUAAGAAACUUUUAAUUAUUGAUCAGAAAACUGCUUUUUGUGGAUCACUCAAUAUUUGCCGUAAUUCAGUCGGAGAGGAUCUUGGAGGUGAUGGUGGAUACAUUGAUGUCAGUGUUAAACUGAAUGGUCCAUCAGUAUACGACCUUUGCAUGUCAUUUCUGGGAUCACUUAAAAUAGCUAAUGUACACAUUGACGGGUUGACAAUUUCAGAGAGGGCUGAACCAAUACCCGGCGGUUCUAUUGUCCAAAUCUUUGAAUCAAACACUAGAAAAAAUAAAAAAGAUGUUCUUAAUUCAUUGCUUCUGGUGAUUUCCAAAGCAUCAAAUAGCAUACAUUUGUCAACAAGUUACUUUAUACCUCCAGGCUCUCUGAGAAGGUCGCUGAUCUCUGCCAAGAACAGAAAUCUCAAUAUAAGGAUGUUACUUUCAGGCAACUCUGAUCUCCCCGGUGAUACUUCAUCGACUUACUACAUCCUUAAGAAGUUCUUUAGGAGCCGGUUUGCAAAGCCCUUCAGGGAUAACUUUAGAGUAUUUAUGACCAAGAACAGACACUACCACGGGAAGGUAAUGGUGGUGGAUGACAUUUGGAGCUCCAUCGGCAGUUUUAAUUGGGAUAGGCUAUCAAGUAGAAGGAAUAUGGAACUAACUCUGGGCAUUUUCGAUCCAUUAGUGGCACACAAACUGAAGCAAAUUCAACUUGAAAAUGAAAAGGAGUCUUACGAGUAUACUAGAAAUGACUCUUUAAACAGAUUGAAGAUACUGAAGAUGUACGACUGCAUCACGUACCAUAUCGCUCGGUUUUCGGAAGGUAAUCUCGUUGAUGGCCUAUCAAAUGAAAGGUUUAACGUUGUUUUCAAGAAGACUUUCAUACGAACAUUCGUAGACCAAAACGUUAGCGAGAUGUUCCUAACCUCAAAUAUCUCAUCCGUAUAAAAUAAUAAGCUGAAAUAUUCCAAUCUAUAAAAUUUUAAAAUGAAAACUCUUCGGUAAAACUAGAUGUAAAUAAUGUUUAAUAUGAAAUGUGUAAAUUAAUGUUUAAUAAUGGAAUCUGUA